UGCAAAAGCUCUCCGAAUAAAUAUUAAAAAAAAGCUUAUCAGCUGAGCAAAUAUGUAUUCACUUAAUAAUUAUGUUUUCGGUUUUAGAUUAAAUCAGACACGAAAUAGUCUGCAAAUAAGACAUUGUAGAACCCAUAGCAUAAAAUAUAGCAAUUUAAAAUGGUAUUCACAAAAUGGGAAACAACUUAAUCGCUUUGUUGUCACGGUGGGACGGCUGAAAAAAAAAUGAGUUUUUUGGUGAACUUCAUAAUUAAGAAUAUUGUGCCCAUACAUCCCUCUUUGGUUGAAGGUGAUAUCAAACAUUAAAACAAUGUGUAUUAGUAAAUGAAGACAGGGAGAGAGCUUUUGGAGGGACGCACGGACACAGCGCGUGCACAAGCCAUAUGGAUUUGCUCCGGCGCUCCGCGCCCAGAGUCUGAAAUUGUCCCGGAUUUUGCCUCUGAGUGGACGCUCCGCGUUGGGUAGGGCUGCAAGAGAAGGGCCGCGAGCGUCAGUUCGAGGCGGCUUUGCUGGAGGUGGGGUGGAUGACCGAGGUCUGGAGUCUACUGAGACCCAGGGGCAAGGUUGUGCUGGGCAGGCGUGCCCACCCUCCCCGACUGGACACAGAUGCUGCAUGCCCGGCCUCCCGACCUCGCGGAGACCGGCCUCGUCUUGGUGAUCCCCGUAGGCACUGAAGGGAGAAAUCCCGUGGACGAUUUGGGACCGAGAGCUAGAACGACAUUCUGAUUCUCAACCACCCCACCAAACCCCCAAUACGCAGAGGAAGAUGCUGGGCGAAUUUGCUUGGGGGGUGGGGUGAUUGUUACAGCCUCGCCAGGAAGCUACAGGCUCCGGGACAGCAGGCCCGCCACUGCGGCUUGACGGCCCAGUCGAGCCAGCAGCCUCUUCGCCGAGGCGCCCUCGCUGCAGGGACCCGCGGAGACAAGAGGAAGCGGCGGGCAGUGCGGCCGGGUUUCCCCGGCUCCUCGGGGCCAGGCGUGGCCUGCACGAUUAUGGACCCGCACGGUGGCCGACGGCUCGGUGUGCGACCGCCCGGUAAGAAGCCCAGCCCGCCAGCGUGCUGACCGGCCCCGCCGCCACCGCUGCCGGUGACACCAGACACCGCCUCCUCCGCGCCGCCCGCGCGCCGAGCCGCCCCCGGGCCCCGGCCGCGCUGCUCCGGGGAAGCGGCGGCUGACCGGGGCCGGGGCCCGGCAUGGAUGGCCGCGACUUCGCGCCGCCGCCGCAUCUGCUGUCGGAGCGCGGGAGCCUGGGCCACCGCAGUGCCGCCGCCGCGCGCCUCGCCCCGGCCGGACCCGCUACGCAGCCCCCCGCGCAUUUCCAGCCAGGAAAGUACUUCCCGUCGCCGCUGCCCAUGGCUUCUCAUACAGCCAGCAGCCGCCUGAUGGGAAGUUCUCCAGCCUCCUCCUUCAUGGGCGGCUUCCUCACCAGCAGCCUGGGCUCUGCAGCCUCCACGCACCCCAGCGGCCCCACCUCCUCCCCCUCUGAGCAGGCCUACCGUGGCUCCCACCCAGCCACCUCCCAGAUCUGGUUCUCCCACUCCCACGAAGCUCCAGGGUACCCCAGGUUUUCGGGGAGUCUGGCAUCCACCUUCCUACCCGUGAGCCACUUGGAUCACCAUGGAAACAGCAAUGUUCUCUACGGGCAGCACCGUUUCUAUGGAGCCCAAAAAGAUAACUUCUACCUGCGCAAUCUGCCCCCCCAGCCUGCCCUCCUGCCUGCCAAUCAUAACUUCCCCAGCGUGGCCCGGGCUGCACCUGCCCACCACAUUGGCUCCUGUAGCCGUGACCGGGGUGAGGCCGGGCCUCUGCAGAAGGGCCUCAAGGAGUUCGACCGCUUCCUCAUGGGCAGGGAGCUGGGCAGAGAGAAGGCCAGCAAGGUGGUUGAGAGCAAGGAUCGGCCGGCAGCCGAGGAGGAUGCCGGCAAGGAGCGGCACAAGCUGGUAUUGGCCGACGGGCACUGCAAAGAGGGAGUCCCUGCACCCCGAGGCACCUGCGAGGGCCGCCCCAAGCACCCCACCUCCUGCCUCCUCAACACCAAGACGCUUGACAGCGACAUAAGCAAGGCUGCCCUGGCCAGCUGUGCAGGGGGCAUGCUGGGGAGGCCUGGCACAGGGGUGGUGGCCCCUGGACGCUGUGUGAAGGAGGCGGUAGGCCCUGUGGAGCCUGGGCCAGCCUUCAGUGAGUGCUUGGAGCGGCGACAGAGUCUGCACCACACUGCACCCUACUCAGUGCCAUCAGGCCUGCCUACCAGGCCUCCCCCGCCCCUUGGCACAGCCACAGGCUCCUAUCCCUGCUUGCAGCUGCAUGGGGGCCCCGAUGGUCUCUGCCCACUGCAGGAUAAAGUCCCUCGGGCCAGCGGGCCCACCUUCGUGCCUUCUGUGGGUCACCUAGCAGAAAAGAGCCGCCCCUUCCAGGCAGCCGAGGCCUGUGCUGUGGCGAGUGAAAGCAAGGACCGGCAUCUGGAGGGGGCCAUAGCUGCUGACCAUGCUGCACCGUAUGGAGUCUCCUAUGCCCAUCUGAAGGCCGAGGGCAAGGGCGAGCGGCGGUCUGGGGGCUUCGAGGCAGCCCUCAACCCCCGGCUGAAGGGCUUGGAGUAUCUCAGUAGUGCAGGCUCUGAGGCCACCUUCCCGGGACUCCCUAAAGGCUGUCUGGACAAAAGCGCCUACUUUGAGUUGCCCACCCCUUCGCAGGACUGUGCCCGACCUGGUCACCAGGACCCACUGGGUGGGAAGGCUACCCAGGCCUGCUGCACUUUAGACAAGACCCCCAGCAAGGAAGGCCCUGCUGGUGCCCCUGGGACCCAGAAGGUGGCCCGGAUUAGGCAUCAACAGCAUUUGGUGGCCCCCGAACCAGAGCCAGGGGGCACCGGGGCUGAGGCCAAGCACAAGUCCCUAGAGCUGGCUUCUCUGGGCUACGGAGGGCCCCAUCUGCCUCCGUGGGGUGUCCAGGCAGGCCAGGGCACGACCAUGGCCAUAAACGAGGAGCAGAAAUCCAGUGCCUACCUGGAUCCCUUCAGCGGCAGCCUGCAGCAGGCGGCACUCCUGUCCCAGGAGCUGCCCACCCCGCCGGACGAGGUCUCGGCCAUGAAGAACCUGCUCAAGUACAGCAACCAGGCCCUGGCCAUGGGCCAGAAGGCGCCAUUCGUGGGCCUGGGUGGCCUCAAGGCCAGCUGUGUGCAGCAGGAAGCCAAGUUCCCAUCCACCAAGGGCCCCGGCCCAGCAGAGAGGCCUGACUGUGCCCGUAGCCGGGAGCAUGAUACUCCAGUUGGUGAUGGGGAGGCACGCCAGCCGCCUGUGGGCAUCGCGGUAGCCUUGGCCCGCCAAAAGGAUACGGUGAGCCGGUCAGAGACGGCCUACAGUGCCAACACCGGGCGACAGGGCCGGGCUGCCCCCACAUUCAAAGCUGGCGGGGGGGCCCGCUCCGCACAUGUGCUGGAUCUGGAGGCUGAGGAGGAGAGGACACGGCUAUGUGAUGACCGCUUGGGGCUGGCCAGUCGCGAGCUGCUGUUGCAGGACAACAAAGACCUCGUGGACUUCUCCCGGAUGCACCCAUCCAGCAGCUGCCCCGGAGACCUGGCCCCCCACCUCAUGAUGCAGGGCAGCCAGCUGAGUGGGGACCCAACCCCCCACCCCCACCCCGCGCACCCCCCCUGGCUGCCCCGCACCCGCAGCCCUUCCUUAUGGAUGGGGGGACACUCCUACGGUCUGGGGCACCCCGCCCUACACCAGAACCUGCCCCCGGGCUUCCCUGCCUCUGUAGCCGGCCCUGUGCCCUCCGUCUUCCCCCUCCCCCAGGACACCCCCACGCAGCUGGUCAUCCUGCCCUCAGAGCCCACACCCCACAGUGCCCCCCACACGCUUGCCGAUGUCAUGGACCAGACCUCGCUGUGGCCCACCAUGUAUGGGGGCCGGGGCCCUGCCCCCCACAUGCAGCACCCAGGCCAGCUCCCUGUCUACUCACGCCCCCAACUCCUGCGACAACAGGAGCUCUAUGCCCUGCAGCAGCACCAGGAACAGCAGCAUCAGCAGCCACGGGCUGCCCAGUUCCAGCGGAAGCCAGAGGACCACCCCCUGGAACUGGAGGAACCCACACAGGAGAAGGCCCUAAAGUCCACCCACAAGCCAAUUGCCUUAACCCCCUCGGCCCAGGGCGCCCCCUCGCCUGCCACAGGCUCCACCAAGCUGCCACCUUGCUGCCACCCACCAACACUAAAGCCUCCAGCCAGCUGCCCCGCACCACCACCGCGGCCCAGCGCCCCGUGCACUUUAUCCGUCUGCUCUGCCGGUAGCCCCGGGCCUGGCUCCAAGGUGCCCAGCACUAAGGAUGAGAAUGGGGACGCCCAGCAGCCCAGGGCAGGUGUCACCUCACUGGAACCAGACCUGCCUCCUGGGUACACGCGCCCAGCAGCCACCACCAGCUUCUCCUCCUUGCCCUCAGACAUGCACUCAUCUGACCUCGAGGACCCCAAAACUAUGCAAACCGCUGCCCCAGGGGCCCAGGCUGAGCCUAUGAGGACGUUCCUGCCUAGGGAGCCACCCCCAUGCAGCCCUGUGAGCCUGGAAGGGCCUGGGCUGCUCUUGGGGGCCAAGGAGGCCACCCAGGACCUUGCCACCACCCCACACCCUGCCGAGCGGGGAGCCCAAGGGAAAGCAGUGGACCCUAGCCCACUUGAAGGGCUGCGAGAACUGCAAUGUGAGGUCCUCCUCAAUGGAGGGGGCUCCGAGGCCGACAUCCAGGCUCAUUCUACUCAGGGAGGCGCGCAGGAGGAGAGGAGCGAGAAGGAGGGAAGGGAGGAGGGGCACCAAGGGUCCUCACUGGAGGCAUCCCCUCAGGCCCCAAAACAGUGGGCAGGGAGCCCGGGAACCCUGGGUGAGGAGGGGGAGCAGCUAGCCCCUGCAGAGGCCAAGCUGGAGGACCCAGAGGAGGAGCAUCAUGGGUCUGCUGCUGACCACAGCACCCCAGCCAGAGCACUGUCGGGCUUGGAUGCCCUGGUGGCUGCCACCAUCGACCUGGGGGACCUGCCGAGCAGCAGCCUGCUGGACCCUCAGCCCCCAGUGGUCUCCAGGUCCCCCAGCACAGCCACCCUGCCCAGUAGCUCAGGGAUUCAUGGGAUUGCUCUGCUCAGCGAGCUGGCCGACCUGGACCUUCAAUGGCAAAGGAGUGAGCAGGCCAUACCAGAGGAGGAGGAGGAUGUGCUGGCCUUCAACCUACAGCACCUGGCUACACUAGCCACAGCCUGGUCCCUGGUGGAGGCCGCUGGCCUGGACAGCCCCACUGCCUCAGCACAGCCCUCCACUGGACAGCCCUGCAAUGUCCCCCGGCUCACCCCACGCAUGCAGAUCCUGCAGCGCAAAGACACCUGGGCCCCCAAGACCAAGCCUGUGUGCCCACUAAAGGCUGCCAUUGACCGGCUGGACACACAGGAGGUGGAGAUGCGCAUGCAGCUGGCAGAGCUGCAGCGGCGCUACAAGGAGAAACAGCGGGAGCUGGCCCGCCUGCAGCGCAGGCAUGAUCGCCAGAGAGAGGAGAGCUCUCGGAGCCCUGCACGGCGGGGGCCUGGCCGGCCCAGGAAGCGCAAACACUCCAACUUGCUUCCUGCCCUGCGGCCUGGGAGCCAGCUAGCCAGGACUGAUAGCAAGAAAGUCAAGGCAGUGCGUACCAGCCUGAGCCGACUCUGCGUGGAGAUGCGGGGAGGCGAGCGUGAGCCCACCCAGAAGCGGCGCAGACUGGAAAAAAGCAUCUACUCAGGCCUGCAGGCCACCUCUGUGGAGAAGGCACGAUGCAAGCAGAGCAGUGGCCAGAGUGGGCUGGUGUCUUCAGUGGCCCAGAAAGCAGCCCGGCUGAAGCCAAAGGUCAAAAGCAGGGGGCUGCCCACGGGCCUCAGUCCCUUCCAGCGGGUAGAGGUCAGCCCAGAGGGCCGCAUCCGUAAGGAGCUGUCCCGAAACAAGAGCACCAAGGCCCCAGGGGCAGCCCGGAACCCACAGCCUGAGGGCGACAGCAGCAGGGAGCUGCCCAGGUUCCCCAUCCAGCCGGUUGGGGUCUCAUCCCAUGAGGCAGGCAACGGCUAUGAUAGUGAGGACUGCGGGACUCUCUUGGGGACAGAGGCACCACCCAGGGAGCCUGGGCUGGUGCUGCACACGGGGCCCGGCGUGGCUGUGCUGGGGCCCUCACCGUCCUCCGUGGUCAAGAUGGAGGCCAACCAGAAGGCCAAAAAGAAAGAGGAGAGGCAGGGCCUGCUCGGGGCCUGCCGCCUAUCCAGCCCCGAGGGGGAGGUGAAGAUCAGGAGGCGGACGGGGAAGACAGAGGCCAAGCGGGAGCGGGCCCCAGGGCGGAAGCUGUCAGGAGCACCAGCCAAGAAGAAGGCCAAGGGUGGCCUGCAUGCAGAGCCAGGGGCCACCCCCAGCAGGGACACCCUCUUCAGCCCCUCCAGGGCCUUUGCCUGCCGUGAGGAGGGCAGCAAGCUGGCUAGCGAGCGUCUAAAGAGAGCCACUCGCAAGAGCACAGUGCUACAGCCAGUGCUGCGGCAGAAGAACGGGGCCCUGUCCAUCGCUCUGGCUGCCCGCAACGCCAAGGCCAUCCUAGGCAAGGGCAAGAAGCUGGGCAAAGCAAAGGGCAAGACAGUCCGCAAGCAGGGCAAGGGCCAGGCCGUGAGCCGUCUGCUGGAGAGCUUCUCUGUGGAGGAUGAUUUCGAGUUUGACGACAACAGCAGCUUCUCAAAUGAGGAGGAAGAGGAUGAGGAAGCAGCCAGUGGCCCACUGAGCAUAGAGCAGAGUGCUGCCCUGGCGCGCUCCUGUACCAUCCACAAGGAGGACCUGCAGGAUGGGCUGCCGGUGCUGAUCGCCAAGGAGGACAGCCUGCUGUAUGCAGGCAGCGUUCGGACCCUGCAGGCGCCCGACAUCUACAGCAUCGUCAUCGAGGGUGAGAGGGGCAACCGGCAGCGGGUCUACUCACUGGAGCAGCUCCUGCAGGAAGCGGUUCUUGAUGUGCGGCCGCAGUCUAGCCGGUACCUCCCGCCCGGCACUCGGGUCUGUGCAUACUGGAGCCAGAAGUCCCGCUGUCUAUACCCGGGAAACGUGGUCCGAGGCACCUCUGGUGAUGAGGAAGAGGACCUGGACUCUGUGGUGGUGGAGUUCGACGACGGGGACACAGGCCACAUCGCUGUCUCCAACGUCAGGCUCCUGCCCCCAGAUUUCAAGAUCCAGUGCACAGAGCCCUCCCCAGCCCUGCUGGUGUCCAGUAGCUGCCGGAAGACCAAGAAGGUGUCCAGCGAGGCCCCCCCACCCAGCAAGGCCACCGCCCCCCGCCUGUCCCCCAAAGCACAGGACAGCUCUGAAGCCUCAAAGCCCCUUGGGAAGAAAUCCCUUAGUAAAGACAAAGCUGGUAUUUGCAGGACUGCUGAAAACCGGGGUCAGGGGAGGCACCGUCUAGGGCAUGGGGAGCCUAGUGGCACACGGGGAGGGAAGCACAGGGGCAGCUCUCUGUGCUCAGCUGGGGCUGACUCUCCCUGGCCUCCUCACACAGGCAAAACCGAACUCCUAACCUCAGGUGCCAAGUCCCCCGUGGGGGCCUCAGACCACUUCCUGGGCCGUCAGGGCAGCCCCCUGCUGAGCUGGUCAGCAGUGGCCCAGACCAAGCGGAAAGCAGUGGCCGCAGCCACGGUGAACAAGGGGCCGGGGGUGCUACAGAACCUCUUCCAGCUCAACGGCAGCGCCAAGAAGCUGCGAGCCCAUGAUGCUCUGUUCCCCGCGCACAGUGUGGCCACACCCGUGUUCGGCAACGGCUUCCGUGCAGACUCCUUCAGCAGCCUGGCCAGCUCCUAUGCGCCCUUUGUCAGCGGGGCCGGCCCGGGCCUGCCCGGGGGUGCCCAUAAGCUGCUUCGAGCCAAGAGGGCUGAGCGGGUGGAGGCUGAGAAGGGCGGGCGGCGAAGGACAGGCAGUGAGUUCCUGGUCAAGCUGGACCGGGAGGGCGUGACCUCUCCCAAGAACAAGAACUGUAAGGCACUACUGACUGGAGACAAGGACUUCAGCCCCAAGCUGGGGCGUACCCUGCCCAGCCCCAGCUAUGCACACCCAGCCCUGGUGGGCAAGGACAGGAAAGUGCGGGUGCCUGUCCACCCGCUGCCCAUGGGGCUGGCACUCCGCAAGUUCGCGGGUCAGGCUGAGUACCCCCUACCCUGUGACAGCGACUGCCACAGCUCCUACUCAGAUGAGGAUGAGGACGGGCCAGGGCUGGCCACUGGCAUGCCCUCACGCUUCCUCGCCCGCCUGUCUGUGUCAUCCUCUUCGUCUGGCUCCUCCACCACCUCCUCCUCAGGCUCCGUGUCCACCUCCAGCCUCUGCUCCUCUGACAACGAGGACUCGUCCUACAGCUCAGACGACGAGGACCCUGCCCUGCUGCUGCAGACCUGCCUCUCCCACCCCGUGCCCACCCUGCUGGCCCAGCCUGAGGCUCUGCACGCCAAGGGGGGUGGCCCCCAUACGCACACUCAGCGCUGCUUCCUGUCCCGGCCCGCAGUGGCCUCGGGUGCAGGCGCCGGCCCCAGUGGAGGCAAAUCCAGACUGAAGUGCAAGGAGGCCCUGAGCUUCUCCAAAGCCAAAGAGCUUUCCCGGAGGCAGCGGCUGCCCUCUGUGGAAAACCGGCCAAAGAUCUCAGCCUUCCUGCCUGCCCGGCAGCUCUGGAAGUGGUCAGGGAACCCCACACAGCGGCGCGGCAUGAAGGGGAAGGCGAGGAAGCUGUUCUAUAAGGCCAUCGUGAGAGGCAAGGAGACACUGCGUGUCGGGGACUGUGCAGUCUUCCUGUCCGCUGGGCGGCCCAACCUGCCCUACAUCGGCCGCAUCGAGAGCAUGUGGGAGUCGUGGGGCAGCAAUAUGGUGGUCAAAGUCAAAUGGUUCUACCACCCCGAAGAGACCAAGCUAGGCAAGCGGCAGUGCGACGGCAAGAAUGCACUGUAUCAGUCCUGCCACGAGGAUGAGAAUGAUGUGCAGACCAUCUCCCACAAGUGCCAGGUCGUGGGGCGCGAGCAGUACGAGCAGAUGGCCCGGAGCCGGAAGCACCAUAGCCGGCAGGACCUCUACUACCUGGCAGGCACCUACGACCCCACCACAGGGCGCCUGGUGACAGCCGACGGUGUGCCCAUCCUGUGCUGAGCCCGCUUGGCAGCCAGCACAGAGCUGAGAGGUCAGACAGAGCCACGGAGGGACAGGCACGGGCAAGGCUCCCCCAGUGUCCAUGGAAGGAGAGAGCUUCCCGGCCACAGAGCCCCGUCCAUCCCCUCUGUUGCAGAGGGUCCUGCUGUGCCCCUACCAGGCUGCAGCCUGCCCCACUGGUGGGCCCUCUUGUUUUCCGCAGUUCACGAGAGAUUAGAAUCCAAGCCAUAUUUCCCUAGUACCUCCGACUGUCUCCCACCAGGGAAAGCAGAAAUCAGGUGUGUUGUCUAUUUAUUUCUCUAUGUAAAUAUUGUAUUUCUGUGGGGAAGUUUUAUGGAAAAAAGUGGGAAAGGAUUUUUCCCCAUCCAAAUGACGAGAGUGCGUGUGUCUGUAGGGACUGUUUAGGGUUUCUUUGGAAAUGCACUGUUCUCAGCCUCGCUGAGUUCCAACUGGGGCAUCUGUGAUGAUAGAGGCAGCCUGGAGUGGGGGCAGAGGCCAAAGGCCAUGGGAGGGUCAGGUGGACCCUCAGGGACAUGCUCUAAUCUCCUGGGGGCUGCUGUGUAAGAGGAAACUCACACUCGCAUUUAUUUCCUGUCAAUACAUCUCCUAGACAAGGAAGUCCUGGGCAGGGAGCGGUGAUGAGGGCCCCACAGCCAGAGAGGGGUUUCUCCACACCACCUGCAGCCCAGGACCAGCCGGCCCCCAGCCGGAGUAUGACAGCAGCCAUGUGUCUCUUUACCUCUAUUUAAAAUGAAACAAAUACAAACAAGUAUUUUAAAGCAUUGAUUAGAAAAAAAGUUAUGUUUUGAUUUUAUUUCUUGAAUAUUUCAACUUACAUCUGAUUUCAGCCAGUUUGUCUGAGGAGGAGUCAUCCUCCCCCCAGAGCAGGGAGGGGCCGGCCCCUCACGCUCUCUGCCCUCCCUGGCCCCUGACUCAGUGGAAAGCAGAAUGGCGUGAAGCUUCCUCACCCAAAUGCCCUUUGCUGAGAGCAGCAGGACGGCUCUGCCCUCUCUGGGCUGGUCCAUAGGCCCACUCAAUCCAUCUCCCCAAAUAACAUCGCCACUGCCCAAACCUCUAGCCACCAUUGUUGGCCUGCUCAGAGCUUGGGACGAUGGCAAGGCCUGGCUAAAGGUGUGGGGGACAAGGCUAGGUCUGCCAUCGCCACCCUGGCCCUGGGCCCCAAAGAUGUUUCUGGGCCUUCUUUGCAACCACCAGAUGGCCUAUUGUGGUAGUGCCUGGAGUGGACAGCAAGGGUCCCUCCUGACCGCCUGUACCCACACCCCAGACUCCGGUUCAGGGAGCACCACUGGGGCUCUGCCUCAGUAACCCCAGUAACCAAGGAGAACUUGGCAUCCCUUCCCUUCUCCUUUGGCUGACAAGGACAGACAGGGCCAGCCGGACCGGCAGCCUGAGCCCUCGUCCUGAGAAAGGUGUUGAGAGCCCCUGGCUCCCCUUGUCUGUCUGCAAUAGGCUCUCCUGGCCCACAGGGAGCUGCAGUAAAGUUCCCCCUGCUCCAGGUUGAGUUCCGUGUGAGCCACAGCCAGGUCUCUCAGAAGCACGGGUCAUGGGGGCCCCACACCCCGACCCUGGGGCCUGUUACUUUUGCCUGCUGCUGGCCACCCAAGGGCCACUCAUGGUGGCUGCACAGGAAACUUGAGGCAGGAGGGGUGACUUUGUAAUAGGGGACCCCUGCACGUAGCUUCCUGCUCCUACCCUGAGUUUACCCUUUGUCUUGGCAUGAGUGCAAUAUUUGCUCCUGGUGGGUGUCGGGAAGAUGGCCAGCCAUGGACCUGCCCAAGGCUGGGGAAUCAGAAACAAGUCUCGAGAAGAAGAGCGCGGCUGGGCAUGAAGGCCCAAGUCAGGGCUGUUUACCCCCAAGCACUGAGUAGGAGCCAGGAGGAAGGCCCUCCCUAGCAGCCUUGUCUCUUGUCCCUGUGCUGGGCUGCCCCAUGUCCUGUAGCUUUCUCUUCCCCUUUCUCCUUUCUGUAUGUGUAUGAAUGAUGUGACCCCUGCCCUCUAUUCGUGGUUAAACGUGGCGAAAGCACGAUUCUUGUAAAUGUGUAAACUAAGAGGAUGGUUGGAAUUUUUUUUCAAUGUAAACACUAAAAACAAAACAAAAACACAAAAGUUUUAUGGACGGCAAACUAUGUAAAGGCAUUUUAGUAUUAAAUUUUUUAUUGAUAACUUGCUUAAGAAUAAAUAUAUGAACUAUUGUACAGGU